CUCCUUGCUUUUGCAAGGCCUCCCUCCUCUUUCUUUUUCCUGGUUUUUCUGCCUCUCCAUUCCAUGGAUCAGACUCGUAUUUUGGCCUGGAACUGUCGAGGUCUUGGAGAUACUUCUGCGAUUUCAGAGUUGAAGAAACUUUGUUUCCAACAUAAGCCCAGCAUCAUCUUCCUGUCCGAAACAAAGCGCACAGCGGUGGAGAUGACCUCGAUCCGCCCAGAUCUAGGUUUUGAUCAGUGUUUUGCUGUUGAUUGUGUAGGAAGGGGGGGCGGCCUCGCUAUGCUUUGGCGUGACGAUUUUAAUUUAACUAUUUCCACUUUCUCCCAAUCUCACAUAGAUGUGGAAAUUGUUGAUCCGGGUGGGGGUAAAUGGAGACUCACAGGGUUCUACGGACGACCGGAGGCUGCUCGAAGAGAGGAAUCAUGGACCCUGUUAAAAUCACUCAAGGCUGCCUCUUCUCAACCGUGGCUGUGCUUAGGUGAUUUCAAUGAAAUUCUGCGACAAUCGGAAAAGGCAGGAGGGAACCAUCGACCAUAUAAACAAAUGGAAGUUUUUGCAGAGGCUUUAAACUUCUGCAACUUUAAAGAAAUGGGUUUCAAGGGUCCUCAAUUUACUUUUAUAAGGAAGAUGCAUGACAAUAUCAUCAAGGAAAGACUAGACAGAGUUUUGAUGAAUCCGGGAUGGUCGGGGAUGUUUCCGGGUGCUUUCUCCCAUCAUUUGCUGGCACUGAAAUCGGAUCAUGCUCCAAUACUGGUGAUAGCAACAAAGACGAUGAAUGGUUUUCGACAUAAGAGAACUAAGCUGUUUCGAUUUGAGAACUAUUGGAUCAAGGAUCCCGACUGUGAAGGAAAAAUUAAGGAUGGCUGGAAGACUGGAGAAGGAGACACAAACAUGUCCCGAGUGUUGUCAAAAAUUGCAUCAUGUGGUUCCCUCCUUAUGGACUGGAGCCAACACAAAUUUGGCAACAUACCAGAAAGAAUCAAAUUGUUGCAAAAUGAACUCUUGAGUGUUCGAAAUGGUACAGCACAAGACAACAGCUUAGGAAGGAUGGAAGCAUUAGAACAGGAACUCAAUGAUUGGCAGCGACGGGAAGAGGUUUUAUGGAAGCAGCGCUCAAGGGUACAAUGGUUAAAAGAGGGUGACAAAAAUACUGCUUUUUUCCAUAACAGAGUUUCGGUCAGGCGCAAAAAGAAUCACAUUGCUGGACUUCUGGAUGAUAGGGGCUCUCUUGUAACAGAUAAAACAGGGGUAGAAGGACUCUGCAUUAAGUAUUUCAGAGAUUUAUUCACUUCUAAAUACACUGGUCCGAAUUGCAGCAUCCUGAGCGCAUUACAGGGGAGAGUCUCGCCUUUGAUGGCAAUUAACCUUGAUAGAGACUUUACUAGUUCUGAAGUUCUUGUUGCCUUGAAACAAAUCCAUUCUUCAAAGGCCCCAGGACCUGAUGGGAUGAAUGUCAGUUUUUAUAAAAAUUAUUGGCAUAUUAUAGGAGGGGAUAUCAUAUCCGCUGCACUGGACUUCCUUAAUAAUGGGCUUAUGGUGAGAGAUGUGAACCUUACUCAUAUUGUUUUGAUCCCGAAAGUUAAAAGUCCCUCUUCUAUGAAGGAUUUUCGGCCCAUAAGUCUUUGCAAUGUGCUGUACAAAAUUAUAUCCAAAGUCUUAACCAAUAGGCUUAAAUCGAUCCUACCGCAUAUUAUAUCAAAUAAUCAGAGUGCUUUUGUUCCUGGGAGAUUAAUCUAUGACAACAUCAUGGUAGCCUUUGAAGCUAUCCAUCAUCUGAAAAAUAAAAAGGUUGGCCGGAGGGGGCAUAUGGCUGUCAAACUUGACCUUAGCAAGGCUUUCGAUAGAGUAGAAUGGAAUUUCUUAGAGGACACUAUGCGAGCAAUGGGUUUUCCUGAGCGGUGGAUUAACCGUGUCAUGAUGUGUGUUCGCACUGUGGAAUACUCCGUCUUAAUCAAUGGGUGUCCAACAAAGAAAUUCACUCCAAGUAGGGGUAUAAGGCAAGGCGAUCCCCUUUCCCCGUUCCUUUUUCUCUUAUGUGCUGAGGGAUUAUCAGCUCUAUUAUCAAGGGCUAUCAGUAGAGGGGAUUUAAAGGGAUUGACUUUGUGCCGAGGAUGCCCUUGCCUAUCGCAUUUGUUUUUUGCUGAUGACAGUUUGUUGUUUGGAGAAGCGUCUGUCCAAGAAGCUACAAAGCUGUUGGAAAUCUUGAAGGAAUAUGAGGGGGUUUCCGGGCAGCAAAUUAAUCUUGACAAGUCAUCUAUUUUUUUCAGCAGUAAUACUUCCAAUGCUGUGCAGCAGGGGGUGAUGCAAACUUUGAAUAUAUCCAAAGUUAUUGUAGAUGAUAAGUAUCUUGGACUCCCCUUAAUUAUAGGGCGAAAGAAAGCUAUCUGUUUUGAUUCUAUCCGAGAGAGAGUUUGGUCAAAAAUCAAAGGAUGGAAAACAAAAUUGCUAUCUCGUGCCGGUCGAGAAAUUCUGAUUAAAGCAGUUGUGCAAGCUAUUCCUACAUACUGCAUGGGUUGUUUUAAGCUCCCGCAGAAUUUUCUUCAGUCCUUAAAUAGCAUCAUUAGCAACUUUUGGUGGGGAGACAACACUGAUAGAAGACGAAUCCAUUGGUUACGGUGGGAUCUCAUGUGUAAACCUAAGCGCUUUGGAGGACUAGGCUUCAGGGAUUUUCGAGCUUUCAAUUUAGCUAUGUUGGCAAAGCAGAGCUGGCGUUUGAUGCAGGAUAGGACCACCUUAUGCUAUCAAAUUCUCAGAGCUAAAUACUUUCCCAAUGGGGAUUUAUUGGGAGCUUCUGUAGGAGCUAAAGCUUCUAUGGUCUGGCGAGGGGUUGUUGAUGGUCUUGGUAUUCUUAAACUGGGCUCCGCUUGGCGAAUAGGCACUGGACAGGACGUCAGACUUUGGAGGGACAACUGGUUGCCUUCUGGAGCCAUCCCUCGGCCACGGUCCCCUCUUAUCCAACAGGACAUGGAUGAUAGGGUCAGUGCUUUCAUAGAUGUCAAUACCGGCAGCUGGAAGGAAGGAGAUGUUCGUCAACAAUUCUGUGCAGAAGAUGCAGAGAGCAUUCUACACAUCCCCCUUAGUAGAAGUUGUUCCGUUGAUAGAUUAAUAUGGCUUGGGACCAACAAUGGCAAAUUUUCAGUUAAAUCUGCUUACAAAUAUGCUUGGGAGUUGAUCUUUGGCACUCAGCACCACACUCAUGAUCAAAUACUGAAACCAGUUUGGAGAUCAGUCUGGUCAUUGAAUGUCCCCUCUAAACUGAAGCAUGUUUUGUGGAGGAUCAUAUGGGAGAUAUUGCCUUCUCGCGAUAUACUGCAAUUGCGUGGUCUCGAGAUUGAGCAUGAAUGUGGUAUUUGCGGUGAAGUAGAAGAAUCUUAUUUUCAUCUGUUUUUUGAUUGUGCCUGGAGUAAAGCCGUGUGGAGAGAAAUCUUUCCAGCAGCUGUCUCGCAUUCUAUACAACAGAGUACAUUUCUCGAUGGCUUUCUUGAUUUCUUCCUGGCAUUGAGUUCAGAUGACAGGGAAUUAGUUGCUGUAACUUUGUGGUCUAUCUGGAAUAAUAGGAAUCACUGUAUCUAUAAGCAUUCUUGUUAUUCACCUGCUCGAAGUAUUCGGGCCAUUAAAAGCUAUAUUGCUGAGUAUCGGGCAGCAACAACACAGGUUGAUGAUAAUCUACAGGAAAUUUUACCUCAACCAGGUCCUGCCGAAGAUGUUUGGACUCCGCCUCCAUCAGGGGUCAUCAAAAUAAAUGUGGACGCAAGCAUCCCACCUCAGUCUGGUACAGCAAGCCUCGGGGUAGUACUUAGAGACAGCAACGGUGGCGUGCUCGGUGCUGUUGAGCUUGAGCUCACUAGUUGAAUUCGAACUUGGUCUAUUUGAACUCGAUAUAAACUUGAAUUUAACUUGAUUUGAUACUAUUGCAUCAAGCAUGAAUUCAAGUUUUAAGAAACUUAACUUAUUUAC